AUGUACGAGGCGCUGGCAACAUGGUUUUUCCUCGCCCCAUUGCAGCGUAUACGGAUACGGGAGGGCCAUAGCCUGGGAACGAAGCGCGCUACGCUGCGCAAAAUGAGUUCUGCGUUUGCAAGAUUGACUGCGUUUGGUGCCCUCGAAAAUUCAUCAGUUGGCGUUCCAGCGCCGCAUCUCUCCAACACUCUCGACUCAUCGCAACUCGACCUUCAUAACAACAACAUGUCUUCGACUAUGGCGAUUGGAGGCUUUCAGCCAUUUCCAAACGAGAUGUACGGGCUCGUGUUCGGAGCGCUUCUCAAGCAGGUCCGAGCCUAUCACAUCAAGAAAGAGUUCGACAACGGCAGACGCAAGACUCCUAGGUUCGGGCAAUGGCUCGUUCCCGUUGCAUCGGACACUUUGAAUGUCGCCAGAGCCAGUCACGAGACGAACGCAUUGUUCUACGAUGAGAUCUUGAGGUGCGCAACUUCUUCGAAGAAGCCGACGAAAAUGAUCGCCUACAUCAAGAACCUCAAUUUCAGACACCUCCAAGACUUCAUCAAGAACGGACUAACGACAGCGCAACAGCAGCGGCUUGCGGAGUCGACGGAACCCAAAAUCAUCGCCAUCCUCGACUUCGACGGCGACGAGUACAAGACAAAGGAGUUUGGACAGUGGAUCGGAUUCAUCCAGAACAGUGAUGUGCGCGUCGAGUACAUGGCAGGCGACCUCGGUGACCCGUACGCAGUGAGGGCAAAACUAGAGGGCACAUUCAUGAGGGCCUUUGAUGACAGGAGGGGCAUGCUCGAGAUCUACAAGGCCUGCGUCGUCGGACUGAUGAACCUCAGAGUCGCACGUGAGCGAGUCGCAGCUCUGUAUGAAGAGAUUCCUGAAGAUGAGGCGGAUGACGAUGACGAAGAGGGUGAGGAUCGCGCCGCCGCUACUCGGCGCGCAAAUGAGGAAAUGGCCAAGAAGAUGGAGGCGAGUAAGGUGGGAAAGGGUACCGGAUUGGGUGCACUACUUGGACUCGACACCACGGCUGGCGCAGAAGAGGACGAGGUGGAAGAUGGCGAUGAGAGCAUGGGUGAAGACAGUGACUCCGAUCCGGAGAACAUGUCUUCGUCGGACGAGGACGAGUGA